AUGUCUACAGACAAGAGCUCAUCCCUUUAUGGGCAGCGUCGCCAGAAGGCCCAGUCCAACGAAACAACAUCCUCCAACCUCGCAUUCGCGUCCCAACUUUCUUCACUCAUUUCGCAAGAGUCCAACUCUACCUCCUCACGAGGUCGCCAGCGCCCUUCCAAGAACCCAAAGUCAGACAUCUUCUCAAAACACAACAAAGGAUCUCUAAAACGAGCCGCAGCGGACCUCGCAGAUGACAAUCGGGCUCUGAAGCAAGUCCACAGGAGCAGCAAGGACCUCGGCGACGUCGACUCCGCCACUCUAGGCCGGUCCCGUCGACGCAUGGACGAGAAAGCGCGCAUAUAUGAUGAUAUGAAAAAGGGACUCUACCUUGCCGGGGACAGUGACGAUGAUGAGCAGUACGAUCCAUCCAAGCCAGAAGAUUACCUGGCCCGACUGCGUCGCAAAGAGAGAGAAGGACUGGUGGACUUCGACCGCAAGCACGCAGACGAAGAAGAGAACAAGCAAGAUCUGUCCGAUGAUGACAAUGCCUCUAUCAUCUCCUACGAAGACGAGUUCGGCCGGACGCGCCGUGGCACCCGUGCCGAAGCCGCGGAAGCUUCCCGCGCUAUUGAUGAGGCGAAUGGUGGGAAGGUCGGUCAGGAACGCUGGCGCCCUGCUCGUCCUGAGAAUCUUAUCUACGGAGCUGCUGUUCAAGCUGAGGCUUUUAACCCCGAUGCUACCAUUGCGUCGCACAUGUCUCAUCUCGCUGCUCGCCGUGACCGAUCUGCUACACCGCCAGAGCAGAAGCAUUAUGAUGCUGAUUGGGAAGUGCGCAAUCGUGGAACUGGAUUUUAUGCCUUCUCGACCGAUGAGAAGGAUCGUGCUCAGCAGAUGGAGGAGCUCUCCAGGGUUCGAGAGGAGACUUUGAACAAGCGCAGGUCGAAUAAGGAACGACUGGAGCGGCGUGAGGCUAAGAUAAAGUGGCGGCUGGAGAAGAUUCAGGAGCUGAAGAGUAGGAAGAUGGCUGCUCAGUUCAUGACGGAUCUUGAGGCAACUGUUAUUCCUACCGACAAACUUGAGCAGGCCAACAAACCUGAGCAGACAGACCACACAGAGCAGGUAGACCAGGCCGAGUGA